UAAAACCCCAAAUGCUUCUGACAAAUUCACACCCUCUUCUCACAACAAAACAAAACAAUUCACACAAACAAAAACAACACAAGCACAUUUCUCUAUACCCUUUUCUUUUUUCUUUAAAAGCUGAAAUCUCUCUAUAAACCCUUUAAAGCAUUCUUCUUUUUAAUUUUCAAAGUGGAGUGGUAGCAGAGUUGCAGCUCAGGUCAUGAUGAUGAUGAUGAAGAAGAUCUUCUCCAUGCUUAUCUUCUUUCUCUGCUUUGUCUCAGCUCUUCUUCUCCAGCCUUGUCUUUCCACAACAAUACUUGUUGAUGGUGUUUCUGUGUGGAAAAAUCCCAGUGUUCGUGUAGGAGAUUCUAUCAUUUUCAAACACCAGAAUCACUAUAACCUCUACAUUUUCCAGAACAAGAAUGCUUUCAGUCUCUGCAACUUCACCCAAGCAACACUCCUCACUAAACCCAACUCCACCUCCUACACGUGGCACCCAUCACGACCUGGUUUCUUCUACUUCUCCUUCAACAACGGCUCUCUCAACACAUGCCAGAACUCUCUAAAGCUGUCCAUAGAGGUCAUCAGCCCCGCUCCUAUAACCCCCUCAAAAGAUCUCCCUCCCACUGCCACUCCCGCCCCGAUUUCCGGCGGGGUGGUCUCGUCUGCUCCGUCGUAUCCUUGGCCCUUCAGACCUCGCCAAGGGGCAUUUUCACCGGUGCCGGCACCCACGGAAAACUCCCCGGUGACUGUGCCAACACUUGUUCCUGAUAAAGGAGCAGGCGACGGCGGCAACGGCGGUGGUAGUACGGCUAUUCCAUUCAUCAAUAGCAAUCCCGCCGUUCCAUUGCCGACGGGGGAAGUGGACUCUGCUACUAUACGCCCUUUGCCUACUUCAGGCCAAGCUUCGCAGGUGGUGGUGGUGGGGUUGGUUGCAGGCCAAACGGCUCUAUUCUCUAUAAUUUUGCUGGUGCUGUAAAAUAAAAAAAGAAGAAGCAAAAUUAGCAGAGAAAGAGAGAGUGCAUGUGCAAGCUGUAAAUUUACAACAAAAAAAAAAAAAAAAAAAAAAUUGUGGAGGGAGGAGAGUGUUUGAGAGGGAGGGUUAAAGUAGGGUUGAAGGUGAUGGUUAGUGGCAUUUCAUGUCGUUGGUGGUCUUAUUAUGCUCUACUUUCCCACCUUUUUGGUUUUUCAA